AUGCCUCGCUACGGAGCUCUCGGUGCGACUUUUCAACUGGCGCGGCUGUUCCAGGCUGUCUCGCUUAUUGCCGUCAUCGGCAUGACAGCCAAAUUCAUCGCAUCGAUCGUCUCGAACAACGCCACACCACCGAAUAUUCUCAUCGGGACAAUCAGCGUUACUUGCAUCGCAGUCAUCUACUGUAUCAUCACAAUUAUUCUCUUUAUGGAUAACAUCCUCCCUUUCCUCGCCUGCGCCGCCCUUGACCUGCUCCUCCUAAUUGGAUUCAUCGUCGUCGCUGUGGUAAUGGGAAAGCCCUUAUCCUACCUGACGUGCACACCUUUGGCCAAUUUAGGAUACAAAGAUGCCACGGCUUAUGCAUUCUCGUCCCAUCUGGAUAGUUACAUCGCCACUAUCAGCAGGAAGAUUGAUUACGAGGCCUGGAUCGGGGCGUCCAAGGCUAUUUGUCUGGAGACGAAGGCUAUUUGGGGGCUUAGUAUUGCCCUUUGUAUUCUGUUUUUCUUCUCUACGAUCUGCAGUAUCUGUCUGUGGCGCCAGAAGAAGGCUCUCGCUGCUUCCGAGGAGAAGUGA